UCGCUCUCCUCCUUUCUUUUAAUUUCUUUCUUACUUUCAGGAAUAAUCAAAUAAAAAAGGAAAUGAACCCCGACCCACCCAAAGACGUCGUCGACUCCGAUGAUCGGAAGAUCACUGUUUCAAAAGGCGAAGCUAAUGGAACCGCCAAGCCAGAUGAUCAUAUCGGAGCUGAAUAUGUCCUGGUAGAUCAAAACAGAUGUGAUAAGGAGAAUUUGAAUUUCGAUCAACUUAACAAAAGCGAUGACUCCAACUCUAACGAGGUUAAUCUCAAUCAUCAAAUCAAAGCAAUGGCUAUAAUAAGUACAUACUCACCAUCAAGGCUCAAGUUCAAUUCCCGAUACCGCAGCCACCGCCGGAGGAGCCUAAAGUGGAGCCCACACAAUCCGUACCCCUAGCCGAAACCAUGCCAAACAUAGGGAAAUACAUCAGAGACCGAAGCAUCACUCUCUCGGCGGCGAUCAUGAAACGUUUAUCGUCGUUAAAAAAAGACGGAGAGGAUAUCGUCGUGAAAAACGAUUCCUUAAACUUCGAGGUGACGGAGAUACAAAUCCCCGGGAUCAAAGUCAUAGUGAAAAUGAAAAGCGAAGACGAUAACUUGGAUUUAAAAGGUAGAAUAACGUUUUUCUCAAGGUCCAACUGUCGAGACUGCACCGCCGUUCGGAGAUUCUUCAGAGAGAAAAGGCUAUCAUACGUCGAAAUAAACAUGGACGUGUUCCCCAAAAGGACCAAGGAAUUGAUGGAGAGAACUGGGAAAUCGGAAGUGCCCCAGAUAUUUUUCAACGAGAAUCUGUUGGGUGGAUUGGUGGCAUUGAAUUCGUUGAGGAACAGUGGGGAGUUGGAGAAGAUAAUGAGGGAAUUGUUGAGCCGGAAAUGUUGUGAUGCGGCCCCUGAAAUACCGGUUUAUGGAUUCGAAGAUGAUGGAGAGGAGGAGGAAGAUGAGUUGGUGGGGAUUGUGAAGAUGCUGAGACAGAGUUUGCCGAUUCAGGACCGUUUGAUUAAGAUGAAGAUCGUCAAGAAUUGCUUCGCCGGUGAUGAUAUGUUAGAAGCCAUCAUUCACCACCUUGACUGUGGCAGAAGAAAGGGUGUGGAAACUGCAAAACAGAUUGCCCGGAAGCAUUUCAUCGAACAUGUUUUUGGGGAAAAUGAUUUUGAAGAGGGAAGACAUUUUUAUCGUUUCCUGGAGCAGGAGCCAUUCAUUGCAGAUUGCUUUAACUUUGGAACCUCAACGAACGAUAGUGAACCCAGAUCCCCAUCUUUUCUAGCCGACAGGCUUUUCAAGCUGAUGUCCGCCAUACUCGAAGCAUAUGCAUCGGACGACAGGCACCAUGUUGACUAUUACAGAAUCGGCGAAAGUGAAGAAUUCCGCAGGUACUUGAAUUUGACUCGUGAUCUACAAAGGGUCGAUCUCCAAUUACUAACUCCAGAUGAAAAGCUAGCCUUCUUCUUGAAUUUAUAUAAUGCCAUGGUCAUCCACGCCGUAGUUACCAUCGGACACCCUGAAGGAAUACUUGAUAGAAGGGCUUUUUUCUCUGAUUUCCAGUAUGUAAUCGGAGGGUACCCUUACUCCCUCAGCAUUAUACAGAAUGGGAUCCUUAGAAACAAUCGAAAGUCUCCUUAUUCCUUGGUCAGACCCUUUGCCAAUGGAGAUAGGCGCUUAAAGUUUGCUCCGGAUAAAGUUAAUCCAUUGAUUCAUUUUGGACUAUGCAAUGGAACAAGGUCAAGCCCCACGGUUAGGUUUUUCACUCCUCAGGGUGUCGAAGCUGAGUUAAGAUCUGUUGCAAGGGAGUACUUCCAGAAUGGAGCCAUUGAGAUCAAUUUGGAAAGGAGAACAGUUUCGUUAACUCGGAUCAUCAAUUGGUUUAGCGUAGAUUUUGGAGGAGAGAAAGAAGUGGUGGAGUGGGUGAUGAAUUACUUGGAUGCAACCAAGGCGGGGCUUUUGAUGCAUCUUUUGGCUGAUGGAGACCCUAUUAACGUGGUGUAUCAGGAUUAUGAUUGGGCUGGUAAUUCAUAACUCCCCAAGCCAACCUACACAUGAUCGCUGGCUAUAAAUUCUUUUGGGAUGAACUGAAAGCCGUGAAACAAAACAAUUAUAUAAGAGGGAAGAGUUUUUGUAAAUAUACAUAUAAUAUCUCAAUUUCAAAGCUUAAAUGAGGGACUAGUUUCUAGCCUUUCAACAAAGGCGUCAAAUAUAGGAAUUAUAUAUACAUAGAGAUUUUGUAUCAACUCCAACAAUGUUUGGUAGGUGGGGGAAAAGAAGAGCUGUUGCCAUGUUU